CAUCGUGGCGGAUUCCUGCCUGUUUUACCUGCAGCCGAGUUUCCCCGGGUCGCGCCUUCCCUCGAACUCACCGAGCCUGAGCCUCUUUUGCUACUGCGUCGUCAUGUGGCCAGUUGAGCCCUACUACUUAAAUUAUGACAACCCCCAACCGAGCAACAGCGUCUUCGACGCACUCCUCUUCGUGGCAGACACGGACUGGAUCAUCUUCCUCGAACCCCAAGCCUCAACCCACUGCUAAAGCCAGUGACCUUGCCGACUUGGAGAUCGAGUUGACUCUCCAGCUGGAACUACGCGCUCAACUCCAAGAAGAGCCAGAGACUGACAAGAGAGAGGCUGAUCUCACCGAGACCAACGACAAGAUCUGCGACAUUGUUAAGGAGAUGGACAGAGUUAGAACCUCUCUCGGUAUCCCGAUGGACGCGGAAUUUUGGGGCUCGCCGGAUGGGUCGCAAUCACCAGCUGGCACUUCCACUGCUCAACAACGAGCACGUCAACAGGGCAAUCAACUUCGUCAACAACAACAGCAACAGCAACAUUACGCUCAACAACAACAACAGCAACAGCAACAGCGAAUGCAACAAUACGCUCAGCAACAACAGCAACAACAGCAACAACUGCAACAACUGCAACAACUGCAACAACUGCAACAACUGCAACAACUGCAACAACUGCAACAACGCCAGCCACAUCAUCCACAGCAGCAGGGGCAACGACGAUCUCAACAAGGCUCACACGAGCAAGGACAACGACCCUUCCAACAACUCCCCCAGCAACAUGAAUCCCUGCUCGACGAUUCCGGAGACUUCCAAAACUCCUUCAGCGGUUUUGUUCCUCGGGAGCGGAAGCGCUCGAUCGGUACCAGCUUAGGCCAUGAUGCUUUGAGGGAUACCGAAAGUAGUUCGAAGCGUACGGCUUCUGGAAGCGGUACUUCCUAUCAUACGACAUUUUCGGAUCCCUUCAAUGUCAGCCCUUUUGCAGGCAACGACAUGGACCCCUUCGACGACGGCUUCGGCUUCGGCGACGGCUUCGACUCCGGCCCAUUGAUAGACCUCACAGGUGAUGAUGACGUGGAGGCCAUGCUUGGGCAAGGAUUUGCGCAAGCCUCUUCAACAUCUUCAGCGACCUUGACUCCAACCUCGCUGUUUGCUCCUUUUCAGAGUAAUCAGGUAUCGUACCACGACCCUCAGACAGGCAUACCGCAUAGCACGAGCUUGCCAGCCCCUCAAGUUCCUGCUCCUGCACCUCAAUUCUUGGACAUAGAUGAUAUCUGGGGUGGCCCUUCCUACAACUCUGCUGUCGCCAGCACAUCGAGUACGUCACGCCCGUCUCGGCUAGCCCGACCUCAGCUCCCAAGCUUUUCCAAUAGUACACCCUCUUCGGAUAACGGGUCUCUGGUCUUUCCUGGCUUACCCGGUGGCCUGGCGACUGUCGAUAGCUCGAGGCCGGGCACCUUGGUCAACGGAGGCUACUAUGCGCCUAACAAUCCGGGCUCUAGCGGAGUACAUAUACCAUCUCUGACCGACGUUAUCAGUCGGACUGCUACAUACGAUUUCACUUCCAUGACUGAUGUAUGGGGGAAUCCAAUAGACGAGAGGCUUAUGACGCUCGGUCUGGAUGAUCCGUUGAAGAAAGAGGACGAGAUCAGUAAGCUGCUAUCCAACAUCCGGCCAGAUGAGGAUAUACCACCGGAGGAACGCGGAGAGACACCACCCGAUAUCAAGUACCCUCUCUAUCCACACCAGCAGUUGGCACUCAAAUGGAUGACUGAUAUGGAAGUGGGCCACAACCGGGGUGGAAUUCUUGCCGAUGAUAUGGGCCUGGGGAAAACGAUUUCAACGUUGGCACUGAUGGCUAGCCGCAGAGCUCCGGAGGGUGAAGUGGCAACCAACCUGAUCGUUGGCCCCGUGGCUUUGAUCAAGCAAUGGGAACUUGAGAUCCAGAACAAGAUGAAGGAGGACCGCCGCAUGAAUGUAUAUCUUUAUCACGGCGGGUCAAAAAAGAAGCCCUGGACGGAACUCAAGAAGUACGACGUUGUGCUAACUACGUACGGUACCCUGACUGCUCAAUUCAAGAAACACCACCAUUAUGUCGAGAAAAGUUUCGAGAGUCCGGACGGGUUGGACGAGGAAGCUGAGAAGCGAUACCGGCUUGAGUGCCCAAUGCUUCAUCAUGGCACCAAGUUUUUCCGCGUCAUUCUAGACGAAGCCCAAUGUGUCAAGAACGCCAAAACAAUGUCGUCUCGAGCUGUCCGCGAGGUUCGGGCGACUUACCGAUGGUGUCUGACUGGAACGCCCAUGAUGAACAGUGUUUCGGAGCUUUCCUCUCUGUUGCGUUUCCUCCAAAUCAAGCCUUUCUGUGACGAAAAGAAAUUCAAACAAGCCUUCGCAUCUUUGGACCACAAGUACAACGGACGCGACAUUGAAAAGAGCCAGGCCAUGAAGCAGUUACAGGCUCUGUUGAAAGCCAUAAUGCUGAGGCGCAUGAAGACUACGGUGAUAGACGGCAAACCUAUUCUGAACCUUCCUCCGAAGGUCCAGCACAUUGAGCACGUCAAAUUCUCCGAAGGCGAGCUUGAAUUCUACAAGAAUCUGCAAGAGAAGUCCCAGGUCAUCUACGGCAGAUAUGUCAGAAACAACACAGUGGGCAAGAAUUACUCAAACAUUCUUGUCCUUCUCUUGCGACUCAGGCAAGCCUGCUGUCACCCGCAUCUCACCGACUUUGAGGCUAACCCCGAGAAUCAUCUGGCCGAAGCUACAAUGGUUGAGCUGGCGAAGACCCUGGAGCCUGCCGUCAUUGACAGAAUCAAACAAAUCAAGGCGUUCGAGUGCCCGAUAUGCUACGAUGCGGUCCCAGACCCUACCAUCCUACUUCCUUGCGGUCAUGAUAUUUGCGCGGACUGCUUUUCCUCGUUGACUGACCAAUCCGCUAUGAACGGAAUCAGAAACGGCCAGGACGGAGCGAAUGUCGCCAAAUGUCCGGUGUGCCGUGGCCCCGCUGACCACACCAAGGUUACCAAUUACACGUCUUUCCAGGUUGCUCAUAUGCCUGAUGCCCUGGAAAAAGCGGACACCGAUGAUGCAGAUUCUCCUGUCGGUGAUGACGGCAGUGGCUGCGGCGAUGAAUCAGACACGUCGGAUGGGUCGCUGGGCAGCCUCAGUGGGGAGAAGAAGCGCAAAGUAAAGAGUGAAGGGAAACGUCCUGCAAAAGUUAAGCCGGAAGAGAAGGAGGACUGGAAGCCGGAUAUUUUUGACCAACUGCGCAAAGAAGCAAACGCCAGUAGAAACCAGGACGCACGAGAUCGCCUACUCCAGUACACUUUGGACCAUUGGCAAGACUCGGCCAAGGUGACUCGAGUGAUUGAACUGGUUGAUCAGUUUCAGCAGUCCAACGAGAAGACCAUCAUCUUUUCUCAAUGGACGUCUCAUCUCGAUCUUAUCGAGUGCUCUCUCAAGUUCAAGCUCAAGAUCAAGUACCAUCGCUAUACAGGCAACAUGCCCAGAACUCAACGCGAUAACGCCAUCCAGGCGUUUGUCGAAGACCCUGACGUCAAGGUGUUACUCGUCUCUCUCAAAGCUGGAAAUGCGGGCCUCAAUUUAACUGUUGCUUCUCGCGUCAUUGUUUGUGAUCCCUUUUGGAAUCCAUUCAUUGAGGACCAGGCCGUCGACAGAGCCUAUCGAAUUGGCCAACAACGGGAGGUUCACAUUUACAAGAUUUUGGUUCAAGAAACUAUUGAGGAUCGCAUCAUCGAGUUGCAGAACGUGAAGCGAAACAUUGUUGAGACGGCGCUUGACGAGACCCAGAGCAAGCAGCUCGGAAGGCUUUCCAUCGACGACCUCAACUACCUUUUCACUGGUCGCCGUGGAGGCCAGCGUGCACAGCAACAGUGAGGAGCACAUCGUCAUCCUCCUCGUCACCAUGGCCCGCGGCGAAUGUCAAGGAGAACGAACAUUGUUUGGACGCGAGGGCGUAUUCCCGGUCCAAGAGAUGCGGGUGUAAUUACAUGGCUUGAAGACCAUUUGAUCACCAAAUUCCGAUUUAUUAUCGGUCUUGUGUAUGAGUUUGCUAUCAGCGCAUCUUCUUAGAUGCAGUAUUAGAGCAUUCAGCGGGGUUCACACAUA